UUGCGUGUACACACCGUUCCCUCUAGCACCCCGUCCCCAUCCACCAGUCGCCCCGACCCCUUUUUCGCCCCGGCCCCCUUUCAACCUGGACAGGACGUUGACGUUUGGCUUGCCAACCUCUCAUUUUUCCUGGUUGACGUUCCCUCAGCGGACCACACCAGUUACCUGCUCGCCCUUCUCUCUCCUGAAGCCCUCUCCCCUGCCCUCAAAAACGGCCUCACCAUUAAAACCCCUUUUGACGAAGCCCGCAAACGUUUAUCUUCACAGAAACACCAACAGUCAGCUGAUGAUUUCGCCCACGAGCUCGAACGAUUGGCUUCCCUUGCCUAUGCCUCCACACCGCCCGAGGAACCCGACGAAAUCCUUCGCGACCGCUUCAUAGUCGGACUAAACGACCCCACCCUGAAACAUCACCUAGCUAUCAGCCGUCCCCAUGCCCUUCGUACUGCACUAGUACAAUGCGAUAGUUUUACGCAAGUUGUCGAUCAAGAACCUAUCCCGCCUGCUAUUCCUUCAAACCCACGUCCGUCCGUCCCAUCCACAAAACGUCUUCCUCCCAACCGAUUACAUCUAUCCAAAGCAACCGCCGGCGACCCCUUCCCGUCCGCUUCCCCAACCACAACCCUGGCUGCGAGUACUGCGACGCCUUUGGUCCUCGAGCACGUCACUGCGGCCACAACCCACCCUGUAAGUCCCCUCUUUUUAACUCUCUUUUUGCCAAUGACAUCCCACACCCACCUGCCUUCACUAUCGCUAUAUUUAUGUCCAAUUUCCGUAUACAAGCUUUAG